UUCUUUGAUUGGAUUGUAGUGAAAAAUUUUCUAUUUUAGGGUACUACCUGGGACUGUUUACCCGUCAACUUGGUCCCCUUUCUCUUCACCGUAUGGAGUACCUACGUUUUUUUUGUUUUUUUUUCUGAAAGAUGGAGUCCCUAAGUUUGAUUGUUCACAACUUCACAUAAAACAAGCAAAGCAAGAGCAAAAAAAUACAUGUGAAGCACAAAGGAGAAUGUUCAAAGAAAGGAAUGAGAAAAAGCUAAUGCUUGAAAGGAAAACCUUCGCACUAGCAUAUGCUUUGCCAGUUUUUUCUGAUUACACAAAACUUGCCCUGAGGUUGCUUCUGUCCCAAACAACUUCUCAAUUCUCAAAUGGCUAAUAAAGGAACAAAAACCAUACUUUCCUCUUCCCUGUAUCAAACUUCAACCAUUAGCCUGACCCCUAAACUUGACAAUCUUGAAUAAUGGGGCCGCCUAAGAAGAGGGACGUGGAGGCAGGAGGUCUAAGAGCAGUGCCAAUGGCGCUGGAAAGUCCAGAGCAGCACUGGUUCUUCAUUCGUAAAGUUUAUUCAAUAAUUGCUAUACAAUUGCUUGUGACAGUUGCCGUGGCAGCUACAGUUAAUCUCGUUGCUCCACUCACGCACUUUCUCGUGCACACUAAGGCCGGGUUGGCUCUCUACAUAGUCGUCAUCUUUAUUCCCUUCAUUGUUCUGUGUCCAUUAUACUACUAUUACCAGCUGCGUCCUGUAAAUUAUCUUCUCCUUGGGAUGUUUACGGUUGCGCUUGGAUUUUCAGUUGGAUUCACCUGUGCAUUCACCAGCGGGAAAAUUAUUCUGGAAUCUGCAACUGUUACAGCUGUAGCUGUGGUGAGUCUCACCCUGUACACGUUCUGGGCAGUAAGGAGAGGCCAUGAUUUCAGUUUCCUUGGGCCGUUCUUGUUUUGUGCCGUCAUUGCUGUUCUGCUCUUUGGUCUGAUUCAAAUUUUCUUGCCACUGGGAAAGAUCUCUGCAAUGAUCUAUGGGUGCUUGGCAUCAAUUUUGUUCUGCGGAUACAUAGUAUAUGACACGGACAACUUGAUUAAACGUUACGCUUAUGAUGAGUACAUUUGGGCAGCAGUUUCUUUGUAUUUGGAUAUCAUCAAUCUCUUCCUCUCUCUAUUAACUCUUUGCAGUGCGCGGGAAGGAUAGCUCAACAAGAGGUAUCUGUCACUCAUUACUGGGUUUUCUGUUUCUUCAUUCUGUUCGUCAGUUUUAGAAAUUGAAUUUUUUGAGAUUAUGAAUUGUGAAAUAUGAAUCUCUCUUUAUUAUUUUUAAUGGCAUGUGAUGAGGCCUAGCAACUGUAAGUCUUUUCUAGCUGCAAGCCUGCAAGUAGGCUUAUUCUAAGGUUCAGGGCUCCAGGAUGGACGAAAGCCACCCUUCUUGUUGAGUAUCCCUAAGUAUACUAGGCUUGAUUCAAUUGAAGCUUAACAAUUUUUUUUUUUUAUAGAAUUUAGUUGAUUUUGAUGUUCUGUAUAUUUAGUUUAAAAGUUUUCAAAUUUGAA